AUGGGAAUCAAGGCUGGAGAGACAGGCUGUACUGGUAUAACCAAUGAGUGUACAGACAUGUCUACCUGUGAUGGUAGUACAUGUACCUGUAUUGCCAACUAUUAUGAUAGUGGUGACACCUGUGUAGCAAGAAUCAAGGCUGGAGAGACAGGUUGUGCUGGUGGUAUAACCAAUGAGUGUACAGACAUGUCUACCUGUAAUAGUGGUACAUGUACCUGUAUUGCCAACUAUUAUGAUGGUGGUGACACCUGUGUAGCAAGAAUCAAGGCUGGAGAGACAGGUUGUACUGGUGUUAUACCCAAUGAGUGUACAGACAUGUCUACCUGUAAUAGUGGUACAUGUACCUGUAUUGCCAACUAUUAUGAUGGUGGUGACACCUGUGUAGCAAAGGUUGUAGCCAAUGGUAAUUGUGCUGGUUUACCUACUGAUGCAUGUCGGGAAAACUCUGUCUGUACCAAUAAUAAGUGUACCUGUAACACUGGUUACUAUGACAAUGAUGGCAGUGGAAGUUCUGGUGUCUGUGUGCAAAGAAUCAAGGCUGGAGAGACAGGUUGUACUGGUGUUAUACCCAAUGAGUGUACAGACAUGUCUACCUGUAAUAGUGGUACAUGUACCUGUAUUGCCAACUAUUAUGAUGGUGGUGACACCUGUGUAGCAAAGGUUGUAGCCAAUGGUAAUUGUGCUGGUUUACCUACUGAUGCAUGUCGGGAAAACUCUGUCUGUACCAAUAAUAAGUGUACCUGUAACACUGGUUACUAUGACAAUGAUGGCAGUGGAAGUUCUGGUGUCUGUGUGCAAAGAAUCAAGGCUGGAGAGACAGGUUGUACUGGUGUUAUACCCAAUGAGUGUACAGACAUGUCUACCUGUAAUAGUGGUACAUGUACCUGUAUUGCCAACUAUUAUGAUGGUGGUGACACCUGUGUAGCAAAGGUUGUAGCCAAUGGUAAUUGUGCUGGUUUACCUACUGAUGCAUGUCGGGAAAACUCUGUCUGUACCAAUAAUAAGUGUACCUGUAACACUGGUUACUAUGACAAUGAUGGCAGUGGAAGUUCUGGUGUCUGUGUGCAAAGAAUCAAGGCUGGAGAGACAGGUUGUACUGGUGUUAUACCCAAUGAGUGUACAGACAUGUCUACCUGUAAUAGUGGUACAUGUACCUGUAUUGCCAACUAUUAUGAUGGUGGUGACACCUGUGUAGCAAAGCUUGCAAUAAGUGUUGCCUGUAACAGUGCCCUGACUGGUGUGUCCCAAUGUUCUGAUGCCAAUGCUGAGUGUACUGGUAAUAUCUGUAGGUGUAAAAAAGAUUAUUACAACAGUAAUGGAUUUACAGCCAGCAGUUCUUGUCUAUCCAUGUCUACACUGAAGGUGACUAGUGUAUCAGUAACACCAGGCACAGACGUCGUUAAUGUAACAUGGACCCCACCACAAAAUAUCAGUCAGGUGGCUUGGUACCAGGUGAUAUGGAGACUUGGUCAAUCUAUUAGUGGCUCUUCAUCUACCUUUGAUAAAACAUUAACAUUUGCUACAAUUACGGGCUUUACCAGUGGUGCUACCUACACAUUUAAUGUGAAAACGUUCGAGACCGGGAGUCGAACAGCCUCUCAGGAAGUAGAAUCUGAUUUUCCUCAAACAGUGUCAAUGAGUAAGUGA